GGCAGUCGCCUCUCUGCAGUGGCCUGGUAGGUGCGGCGGGAACCGGACCAAGACUCCAGUGACUCGGUGACUAUCCGUGACUCUCCGUGUCGCGGGCGACACCAUGAGGACCUCUCUGUGUGCUGUGCUGGCCGUCCUGGCCGUGGCGAGUGCCGAGAACUUGUAUCAGGCGAUCGAGCAGAAACCGGAUCUCAGCGAGUUUUUCGAGCUGAUCAACGCCAGCGAACUGUUCUCGAUCACGCUGAGGCGGGCCGAGGGCACGGUGUUCGCGCCCACAAACGCAGCGCUGCAGAAGGUCCGGGGCAGCGGGGAUGUCAACAUCCAGUACCACCUGGUGAACCGCGCCAUGACAUCAGCCCAGCUGCGGAACAAACAGUCCGAGGGCUCCUCGCUGAAGGGCAAUCAGAAGCUGUUCUUCAGCCUGCAGAAGCGGCGGGGUGGCGAGGACGACAUUUUCGUCAACAACGCCCGGAUCGUCACCAGAGAUCUGGCCUUCACUUCAGAGGAUGGCUCAAACCAGUAUCUUCACAUUAUCGAUGAAGUUCUAGAGCCCACCAUUCCCAGCAACAAGAACUCGAGGUACUACAAUCCAAACGCACUGAAGUUACUGAGCGACUCCGCCCAAUACAGUCUUGGAGAGUCCAGCAUCAAAAAGUUCUACAAGAAGGUGCAGGAUCUGGACAAGACAAGUGUAUUCGGAACCACCGAGUUUCACACCUACUUUAUACCAGUGGACGCAGGAAUGCAGGGUGUGGAGACGGAUGUGGACAGGGUGGUGGUGGACGGACACAUGAUCCCCAACAAGGUGCUCUUCACGCGCACCAUGGGUAACGACAGCUACGAGACGAUGGCGUUCGGCGACAUGCUGAAGGUGACCGCCCAGUUGCGAGUCCAGCCUUACCCAGAGAAGACGCCCGGCUCCUUCUUGUUGAAAGUUCAGAAGUACGUACCGCCGGUGAAACGUCCGGAAAAGCUCUAUGAAAUUCAGAGCCGCACCCUUCUCGGUGACGCCGAACACAGCAGCGGCUCCGUGCUGGCCAAAAUCGUUAAACCCAACAUCGCGGUGGAGAAUGGCGUCAUCCACUUGAUCGAGAAGCCCCUGAUGGUGAUGGAGAACUCGGCGUUCGACUUCAUCCAGCGAGGGUCAGAGGAUCGGUUCUUCAUGUUCUUCGACCUGCUGAAGAACAACGCGCCCGAGUUCCUGGACACGCUGCGGCAGCGCACGGACGGCACCAUCUUCAUUCCGUCCAACGACGCCUUCUACACCGUCGACCAGAAGCGGCUGACGGAGAUAAAGCUGUCGCCCGAUAGGCUGAAGAAGCUCCUCAAUUUGCACCUGGUCCCUACCCGGGUCACCACUCAGGACGUCAGAAAAAUACCCGGAACGACGCUGUUCAGCGUGCCCUCGGAGGACCAGAGUCGCUCCCUCUACCUCUCCGUCUGGGGAGUGGCCGGAAAGAACCAGACGAUGACGGUCGAGGGUGGCGGCACCAACGCCACCGUCGUCAUCGCCGACAUCGCCGCCCGCGACGGUGUCAUCCACAUCAUCGACAAGCUGCUGGGCGUGCCGUACCGCUCCGUCGGAGAGAAACUGGCCGUCGAUGCCAUGAUGAGCGACACCAACACUCUGGCGGUGCAGACCAAGUUUUCCAAGGGUGUGAGCCGCAUGGACAAGAAGUUCACCAUGCUCGUCCCGUCCAAUGAUGCGUGGAAGAAGAUUCAGAUGGAGUACGUGACCUCGCACAAGUCGCUGUUCGAGGGACGAGCGUCGCACCCGGCCAACACGAUUCUGGAGCGUCACUUUUUGAUUGGUGAGGCGCUCAGUAUGGAUGACCUGGUCAACAAGUCCAAAGAGGAAGACGGCGUGAAGUUCUACAAGACCACUUUCCAUGUGGAGAAUGCACCCGGAAUGUCAGGCUAUUUGGUCAAGUGGCAGGGGAUGCAGGCACGCGUCACCCGCUCCAACGUCGAGUGCACCAACGGCUACAUCCACGUCAUCGACUCGGUGUUCAUGCGUCAGCGUGACGUCACCACGGCGUCAUCGGCGGCGGCACUGGCCGGCUCGGUGGCGUGCCUGGUCGCCGCGCUGGCACUGCUGCGGCUGUGAUCGGCGGGCCCAGUCAGCGGCGAAUCCACUGCAUCUCAACAGUCUCAGCGAGCGACCGGCAGCGCGAGGGAGGGCCGGGAGGGGUGUGACGUGUGUGAUGGGUGUUAGAGUGAUUGGUGCAUGAUGAGUGCAGGUGUAGGUGCGACACGGAUAGGUGCGUAGAGUGGCGGCCUGUCCACUGAAUGUUUGUGUGGGCUGAUGUGUGUAUAGCUAUGGAGCCACAGAUUGGGCCUGCCGGUGUGUGUCUAAGCCGAGAGGGGAAGUUCCGGGCCGUGUUUGGUCUGCGGGGUCCAGAGAUUCCGGUCUGUGUCACAACCUUUGAACGACAGGUGGCGCGCAGGUCGCUGAGCAUGGCGCGUAGGUCGCCACGGGUGGCGCGCAGGUCGCUGUAGAUGGCGUGCAGGUCGAGUCGAGAGCUGCCAGGUCCGAG